AUGCCUCCAAAACAGAAACAGAGUUUAGAUGAGUUUUUGGGUCAACAAGUUGCAGACCCAAAUUUAGUUGCAUCGCCAUUUGGUGGCUAUUUUAAGAAAAAUAGCAGUUACCAACAACAGCGUAGUUACAACGGCAACCAACAACAGUCCCAACAGCAACAACGUAGUUGGAAUCAAGGUAGCUCUUACAAUAAUGGGAAUUUUCAAAAUUACCAAGGUAAUUACCAAAACUAUCAAGGAAAUUAUCAAAACUAUAAUGCAGGCAAUCAGAGAUACCAGCAAUCUGCUGUCACUCCAGAUAAUAGUGGUACACCAACUCCAUCUGCUUCUACUACCUCUUUAACUUCUCUAGUAGAUAUGAUGUCAAAAUUAGAAAUGAGUCCCGUCUCUGAAGAUUUGGCAAAAUUACCUUCUUGUGAAUCAAUCUCAGAAUGUAAGAAACAAAUCGAAGCAGUCAUGGAAAAAUUCAACGACCCUACAGUUUGCAGUAAAAGCAUCCAAGAUUGGAAAAUCCCUGAAGUUUUAUCUAGAUUCGCUAAACCAAAAAAUACUGCUCUAGUUAGAGAAUCUGCAAUGAUUUUGAUUUCAAAAUUAGCUGAAAAAUACUCUAAUAAAGCUCCAGAAGAAGCUAAUCUAUUACCUCUAUUCGAAUACACAUUGGAUUCAUACGCUGAUAAAGAAAAUACCGUCAAACGUGCAGGUCAGCAUGCUACCGAUGCAUUGAUAAACGCCUUCCCAGUAGAAUCAUUGGCUCCAACUGUCUUACCAAAAAUUUUGGACUAUUUGGAAUCCGGUGCUAAAUGGCAAUCUAAAUUAGGUGCAUUAUCUGUCGUUGAUAGAAUAAGAGAAGAUUCUCCAAACGAUUUAUUGGAAUUGAAAUUCAAGCAAACUAUCCCUGUUUUAACCGAUGUCGCUACCGAUUUCAAACCAGAAUUGGCCAAGCAAGCUAAAACUACUAUGCUAGACUUCGUCUCCAUCUUAGAUAAUUUGGAUUUGGCUACCCGUUUCCCACUGAUUGUAGACACUUUACAAGAUCCACAAAAAGUUCCAGCAUCUGUUAAAUCAUUGUCAAGUGUGACAUUUGUUGCCGAAGUCACCGAACCUUCUUUGUCUUUAUUGGUUCCUAUUUUAAACAGAUCUUUGAAUCUAUCAUCCUCUUCUCAAGAACAAUUAAGACAAACUGUUAUUGUCAUCGAAAAUUUAACAAGAUUGGUUAAUAACCGUUUUGAAAUCGAAAGUUUUAUUCCUCUAUUAUUACCAGGUGUGCAGAAAGUUGUCGAAACUGCAUCUUUACCAGAAGUUCGUGACUUGGCUAGCAAAGCUUUGAAAGUCUUGAACAAUGAAGAUGGUGAAGUUACAGAUACCGAGGGUUUCCCAGGAAGAUUAUCUUCUGACUUCGGCAAAGAAUUUCUGUUGAAACACAUUAAGAAUGCACCAAUCGAAAAAGGCUCCACUGUCGAAGCUCUAUUAAAAGAUGAAAAUGUUACUGAUUAUCUAUCCGAAUACUUAACUUACAAUGCAAAUGUUAACGACUGGAAGAAAUUAGAAGAAUAUUUAAUCAACUUAUUUGGUGAUUCAAACAGUGAAUUUGUUCAAAGUACAUUUAUCCAUGAUUUUAGAGCUUUGUUCCAUCAAGAAAAGGUUGCAGCUGAUGAAGACGAAGGUAUUGAAAUUGUUAAUACCGACUUUUCUUUAGCGUAUGGUUCUAGAAUGUUAUUGAAUAAGACAAACUUACGUCUAUUGAAGGGUCACCGUUAUGGUUUAUGUGGUAGAAAUGGUGCCGGUAAAUCUACUUUAAUGAGAUCCAUUGCUAAUGGCCAAUUAGAAGGCUUCCCAGAUAAAGAUACUUUAAGAACUUGUUUUGUCGAACACAAACUUCAAGGUGAAGAAGGUGAUCUAGACUUGGUUUCAUUUAUCGCUUUAGAUGAACAAUUACAAAGCACUUCCCGUGAUGAAAUUGCUGAGGCUUUAGAAUCCGUUGGAUUCGAUGAAGAAAGAAGGGCUCAAACUGUCGGUUCAUUAUCUGGUGGUUGGAAAAUGAAGUUAGAACUUGCUAGAGCUAUGUUGCAAAAGGCUGAUAUCUUAUUGCUGGAUGAACCUACUAACCAUUUGGAUGUCAGAAAUGUCAAGUGGUUGGAAGAAUAUUUAUUGGAACACACCAACAUCACUUCCUUGAUUGUUUCACAUGACUCUGGAUUUUUGGAUGCUGUUUGUACCGAUAUUAUUCACUAUGAAAACAAAAAGUUAAUAUACUACAAGGGUAAUUUGGCAGAUUUUGUCGAACAAAAACCGGAAGCAAAAGCUUACUAUACAUUAACUGAUUCUAAUGCUCAAAUGCAUUUCCCACCGCCAGGUAUUUUAACUGGUGUUAAGUCUAACACUAGAGCGGUUGCUAAGAUGAGCAAUGUUACCUUCACUUACCCAGGUGCCGAAAAACCACAAUUGAGAAAUGCCUCUUGUGCUUUAUCUUUAUCUUCACGUGUGGCUAUUCUUGGUCCAAAUGGUGCUGGUAAAUCGACUUUAAUCAAAUUAUUGACAGGUGAAUUAGUUCCAAAAGAAGGUAAAGUUGAAAAGCAUCCUAAUUUACGUAUUGGUUACAUCGCUCAACAUGCCUUGCAACAUGUUAAUGAACAUAAAGAAAAGACUGCAAACCAAUACUUACAAUGGCGUUAUCAAUUUGGUGAUGACCGUGAAGUUUUGUUGAAGGAAUCCAGAAAGAUUUCUGAGGGAGAAAAGGAAAUGAUGUUAAAGGAAAUUGAUAUCAAUGAUGGUAGAGGUAAGAGAGCAAUUGAAGCAAUUGUCGGUAGACAAAAGUUGAAAAAAUCUUUCCAAUACGAAGUUAAAUGGAAAUACUGGAAGCCAAAAUAUAACUCUUGGGUUCCAAAGGACGUUUUGGUAGAACACGGUUUUGAGAAAUUGGUUCAAAAGUUUGAUGAUCACGAAGCUUCUAGAGAAGGUUUAGGUUACCGUGAAUUGGUACCAUCUGUUAUUACUAAGCAUUUUGAAGAUGUUGGGUUGGAUGCUGAAAUUGCAAACCACACACCAUUAGGUUCUUUAUCAGGUGGUCAAUUGGUUAAGGUUGUCAUUGCCGGUGCAAUGUGGAAUAAUCCUCAUUUAUUAGUUUUAGACGAACCUACCAAUUAUUUGGAUAGAGACUCUUUAGGUGCAUUGGCUAUGGCCAUUCGUGAAUGGACUGGUGGUGUUGUCAUGAUUUCGCAUAACAAUGAAUUUGUUGGUGCCCUAUGUCCUGAGCAAUGGAUUGUUGAAAAUGGUGAAAUGACUCAGAAGGGUAUUAAAGAAAUCGAUCAAUCAAGAUUCGAAGAUGGUGGUAAUCCAGAUGCUGUCGGUAUUGCUAGCAAAGUUGCUUCAUCUGUUGAUGAUGAUGAUUCUCCAGCAAAUAUCAAGGUUAAACAAAGAAAGAAGAGAUUGACCAGAAAUGAAAAGAAGGCCCAAGUUGAACGUCGUCGUCUGCGUUAUAUCGAAUGGUUGUCAUCACCAAAGGGUACUCCUAAGCCAGUUGAUACCGAUGAUGAAGAUGAAGAGGAUUAG